CUCGUCAACGCUCCAUCCCUUUCCGCCCGCCACAUUUUUCCCACACGCCCGCGAUUUGGCCCCGUCCUCGCUACUCUGAAUCCGAGAACACCCCCAACUGUCGGAACGCAGCACCUCGCCCACCAUGUUCGGCGCCUUCAGGCCGACGAGCCCGCUACUCGGAGGUCUGCUAUGGAAGAUCCCCUGGCGCCUCUCUCGAUUCCAGAAGGCCCGCCACCGUCACCGGCUCCGCGCGGUCGACGCAGUGGUGGCCACCGUCGAGAGCGCGUUGGCGAAGCAGGGCGAGACUAUCAAGGCCCUCGAGGUGUGGAGGGCGACGAUGCCCACCGAGGCCGAGAUGCUACCUAAGGACAAGUACACCAUGUUCGACCGGAAAGCGAAGAGGUAUAGGAAGGGUGUGCAUAAGCUGCCCAAGUGGACGAGAGUAUCGCAGAGAAUCAACCCCCCCGGUUAUUAAGCACUCGGCGCUGGAGUGGAUAUCACGAAGGAUUCGCGAUUCGCGCAUCAUCGAGGAUGGAUUCUCGACGUUACAACCCGAGUUCGUCACGGGCAGAGCCCAAACGCUGUGUACUAUUGUACUUGGAUCAGAGAAACAUUACGAGCUUCCUCCCCGUAUAAAUACACCGCAAUAACAGACGCCAAACACUUGACUACGGGACAAAU